UUGUCUCUGGGAUUAUAAUACCGUUGGCAGGGACCAUGGAGGACCCCGAUGGAAAAGGCUUAGUGGCCAUCCGUUAUGGAGCUCAGACUGUUGACCCAGUGACGGGCACGUUGGCCACAGUAGUUGGUGCCAGGUUGGAUGUGUCCAGAAAAACGGUUCCGGUCACAGCUUCCUACUGGCUAACAGUGGCGGAUCAAACAGAUAGUGUGCAGGUAGAGGCGCUGCAGAGAGAGGUGUGUGUGCGAAACACUUACUGGCAGCAGCAGAGGCAGAGGGAGGAAGAUAUUCUCUCUGAUCUGGAUUCAGCUCUAUUCCAGUGUCUCUUUAGAGUUACAGAAGCAAACUCUUAUCAGGUCCAGUGGUCAGGGCGGCAGCUGAAGGAAGCAGCCGUGGAGCUGCAGGAUUCAGCGCAGGCCGAGGUGCAGAGGAGAGCAGCUCAGAGCUCCCACUUGGCUCUGAUCUUGCCUCCGCAUGUAUCACACAUCCUCACAUUGGGUGAUGAGCAGGAGUGGGAUCGGCAGUGUGUUUGGCACUCAGAGCUUGUGUCGGGCCUUGAUAAGCUGGAUGUGUGUAUGGAGCAGCUACAACAAGACCAAGAAAAAUGGACAACACAUGGAGGAGACUGGACUACUACCUUCCAUGCAAUGGACAGAGAGCUGAGGCAGAGAGAGUUGUGGGAGCAGUGUUGUUCCAGACAGACAGAGUUGGAGGUUGCUCUAAAUGCUCUGCACUUUGUCAGGCACCUUUCUCAGCUCCGUGCCGACACUGCUCAGGCAGUACUAUGUGGGAAUUUUUGCUACAAGGAAUAUGGUCUGUUCCAGUGCAGUGGACACAAGCCAACUGUUGGGGUCAGGGGUUUACUUCAACAGAUGGCUUUGCCUCUGCUGGAGAGACUAAACCAGCUCCUGGAAGAUAAACAGCCUGACAGCUUCACCCCCAACACCUGCAAUCAGCACAUUUCUGGUUCAAAGCAGGCAUACGGGCUGGAGAUACCCUCUAGAGUUUGGACAGCCUCUGUGCCCGUGGUGAAAGGAAUCUCCACCCAGUCUUUGAGGGAGCCCGUGAAUUUAGCUCAAUCCCAGGACUCUGGUCUGCAGGCCAGCUCAGCACCGACACAAAACUCACAACGACACAACGCUUCUUCUGGCAUUCACUCCCAGGAGAGCCAGCCGAUGAAAGAGUCUGCUCAGCCUAGCACAUAGUAUCUCUGUCCCCGAAAUUCCAGAAGAAGAGUGGACAAAGCUACUCCAGCUCUCUCCUCUGUUCCAGCUGUUGAAGGGGAUGGAGCUCCAGAUGAAGGGCUGGGCCUGUGGGGCUGG